AAUGUCAGAAACAUGCACCUAUUUAAGAGUUGCGUUUUAACUUAUUUAGUUUACAAGCUUCGUGUACGUUUUAGUACAAACAGUACAAUUCCCGUAUUUAUAUAUAGAUAGUGGCGUGUGAGGUGUUUUCACUUACGUGGCGAAAAUGUGUGGAAUCUUUGCAUAUCUAAACUACCUCACUCCAAAGAGCCGUAAAGAAAUUUUAGACUUGCUUGUAAAUGGACUCAAAAGACUCGAAUAUCGAGGUUAUGAUUCCGCAGGGGUUGCAAUUGAUUGUUCGGAUAAGAGAGGCAUGGCACUUAUUAAAAAAACUGGAAAAGUAAAACUUUUGGAGGAUGAAAUUAAUCAAAGAAGUAGCGAGUUGGGGAUGGAAACUGUAACCGAUAAUCAUUGUGGAAUAGCUCAUACACGUUGGGCCACUCAUGGUGUACCAAGUGAAGUUAACUCACAUCCUCAAAGGUCGGAGGAAAGUCAUGCGUUUGUGGUUGUUCACAAUGGUAUCAUCACAAACUAUAAAGAAGUAAAAACAUUCCUACAAAAAAAAGGUUAUGGUUUUGAAAGUGAGACUGAUACAGAAGUGAUAGCGAAGUUAAUACAUCAUUUUUACGUACAACAUCCAUCUUACUCCUUCCGGGAGCUUGUAGAGCAAGUCGUUCAACAAUUGGAAGGAGCGUUCGCUCUGUGUUUCAAAUCGAAACACUUUCCAGGUGAAUGUGUGGCAACGCGAAGAGGUUCUCCAUUGUUGGUCGGUAUUAAAACAAAAUCUCAGCUAGCAACUGAUCAUAUUCCCAUUUUGUAUGGGAAAGGGUAUACAUUGUGGUGGGGCUUUUUUGGAGAAGAUGAUUCGGCUAGAACUCUGAAAGAGCCUGACAACGCACACAAAGAGCAUAGACCUCACGGACGUGGUGACAUUCCGAUAUUAUCACGUGCAGAUUCUACCUCGGAGUUUCAACCUCUGGAAGAUAAAUCGGUCGAAUAUUUCUUUGCAUCAGAUGCAUCCGCUGUAAUUGAGCAUACCAAUCGAGUCAUUUAUUUUGAGGAUGAUGAUGUAGCCGCCGUUAAAGAGGGUGCUUUAAGUAUUCAUCGAUUAAGACGUUCAAUGGAUGAUCCACAUGCCAGGGAAAUAACAAUUGUUAAGAUGGAGCUACAACAAAUUAUGAAAGGAAAUUAUGACUAUUUUAUGCAAAAAGAAAUUUUUGAACAGCCGGAAUCUGUCAUAAAUACGAUGAGAGGGCGUGUAAAUUUUGCAAACCAAACUGUUGUCUUAGGUGGCAUUAAGGAAUAUAUUCCUGAGAUUAAAAGGUGCCGAAGACUAAUGCUUAUAGGCUGUGGCACUAGUUAUCAUAGUGCAAUUGCCACUAGACAGUUGCUGGAAGAAUUAACAGAAUUGCCAGUUAUGGUCGAGCUUGCUAGCGAUUUCUUAGAUCGAACCACACCUGUAUUCAGAGAUGAUGUGUGCUUCUUUAUCUCGCAGUCGGGUGAAACGGCUGACACUUUAAUGGCACUACGUUACUGCAAACAACGAGGUGCUUUAAUUGUUGGUAUAACAAACACUGUAGGUAGUUCCAUUUGUCGGGAAUCUCAUUGCGGUGUACACAUUAAUGCCGGUCCUGAAAUUGGGGUAGCGUCGACGAAGGCAUAUACGAGUCAGUUUAUUUCACUAGUGAUGUUCGCGCUUGUGAUGAGUGAAGACAGACUGUCCUUGCGUCAAAGACGUUUAGAGAUCAUUGAAGGUUUGCAGAAUCUUGACGAACAAAUUCGAGAAGUGUUGCAAUUAGAUCAGGAAGUACGUGAACUUGCAAAAGAUUUAUAUCAGCAAAAAUCUUUAUUGAUCAUGGGAAGAGGAUUUAAUUAUGCAACGUGUUUAGAGGGAGCUUUGAAAGUAAAAGAAUUAACUUACAUGCACAGUGAAGGAAUUAUGGCAGGGGAAUUGAAACAUGGCCCUUUAGCUCUUGUUGAUCAUACCAUGCCCGUUUUAAUGAUCAUUAUGAGGGAUCCGGUGUACACAAAAUGCAUGAAUGCUUUACAACAGGUUACUGCAAGAGAAGGUCGCCCUAUUCUAGUUUGUGAAAAGGGCGAUUCAGAAACUAUUAACUUCGCCUCUAAAUCUUUGGAAAUUCCACGCACUGUAGAUUGUUUGCAGGGCAUAUUGACAGUAAUUCCAAUGCAACUUCUUAGCUUUCAUAUUGCGGUACUUCGUGGAUGUAACGUAGAUUGUCCACGAAAUUUAGCUAAGAGUGUGACUGUAGAAUAAUUUUGUUGGUAUGUAUUUACUUCUUACUAUUAAUAGGGAAAAACAAUACAAAGUUUUCUUCUGAGUAUAAUCACCAUAAAAUUUGAUUCAGUUGUGAGCGGAAAAAUACGUUGCACGUAAUAAUACGUUUUAGUAGCACAGAAAAUUCUUCAACCAAAAUAUUAGGUCCCCAGCGAAAAGGUUAAAACGCACAUCACAAUGAAUAUAAACUGUAUAUGCUUUGGUAAAUUAAAGUUCUCUAAAUCAUUUCUUUUAUGUUCAUUUUGAAUUGAGAUUUGCUCUCUUAUGUCCGAUUAUCUUGAGGAUAGUUUGUGCUAUAUUGAGAGAAUAUUUAAGAGGUUACUUAAAUGCAAAUGUGGUGUGCACAAGUUUAUUUCUACAUAAUAUUUAAAACAACUUAAACCCAGUGCUAAACUUAAAACCAAUAUUGUGCAACCGAGUCCCAAUUGAAUUACAUUUUGAAAACUGCUCAUUUGUAA